AUGGUGGUAGAUACGUUUCAAUUCUCGGCCGAAGUCGAUCCCGUUCUUCGGAUGAACGAAGAGGAUGUUAGGAGGACUUCGAUUGCCGCGGCUCAGAAGGCAAUUCAGCUGCCUGGAGAGAAAGAUUCAACUUGGAUUUUCAGGUAAGUCACUAACUUGUGUUACGGUAUAUUGAUAGCACGGAAGUUCGAAAAGAUGAAUCAAGAUUUUUUAAAGUUUUUAAUGCUUAUUUUCUAGACACAAAACACGGUUAUUAAUAUUCCUCAUAUCAACGCUUGGCCUCACCAUUGUCAUGGCGAACUCACUUGUCUUCAAUUUCACUGUAAUUUGUAUGGUCGAGCCGGGAGAAGAGUACCUUUUGUUGAAUGAGACUGUGCCUGGAGGUGAGUUUAAAUUCUUGUGUUCAAUUCACUUGUCAUAUCCACUCAAUGUGAAUAAAAUUACAGCCACCCAGCCAGAUUUUAUUUAUUCGGACGCGGAAAGAAGUUGGCUAUUCUCAGCGAUUGCGAUGGGAACUUUAGUGGGGACGUUGCCCAUUACUCACCUUAGUUCUCGAUAUGGAAUACGGUAUGAUUGGAAAUGAUCUUAUUCUAUGGAGCUGUUACAGGCUGACUUUCACAAUUUACGGGCUGAUCUCGGCCUUGGCGACUCUUUUAACGCCAAUCUGUGUGUCCAUCGGAAUGCCUUUCGUCUUCGCGAUGAGGGUCCUUCAGGUAAUACUGGUUUAUCGUACCUACCUUUAUCUAAAUACGUUGUUUAAUCUUAUCUUUUUUAUUACAUUUCAGGGAGUUGGUGUCUCCACUUCCUGGCCAGUAAUGGGUGCCAUUGUCGCUGAAUGGUCGAGUCUAGCCCAAUCUGGAAUGGCCGUAGCCCUGUUGUCCUGCCAUCUACAACUCGGCGCGGUCGUUACAAUGCCUUUGUCCGGCACUCUGUGCGAAAGUUCGUUUGGAUGGCAAGGCGCGUUUUAUGUACAAGGAGUGGCCACAAUUAUUAUCGUCGCCAUCUUUUUCUGGUUUUACAGAGAUACCGCGGCUGAGCAUAAGUAAGUUUAGAAUGUCUGGGUAUGACAAGAUGGCCACGAGACAUGCCAUAGUGACAUAUUUUAACCAAUUGACGUUUUUGCGAUUUCUUGAGUUUCUCCUUGCAGGAAUGUCUCCCAAAAAGAGUUAAGACAGAUUCAAGAAGGUAAGAUUGUGCGAGUCCUGGAAGAAGACGAGUACGAGCCAAUCCCAUAUGGCCCCAUCUUCCGCGAUAAGUGUAUCAUCGGCAUUCUUUUCUCCUGCUUUGGCGGCAACUUUGGUUUCCAAACAUUCUUCCAAUAUGGCCCGGUCUAUCUGAAUAAGGUAAUAUCUCACCCAAUGGCCGAUUACAUCCUACUUUAGGUUCUGAAAUUUGAUGUCACCAAUACUGGCUUCGCUGCAGCCGUUCCGUAUCUCCUGGCGAUCCUCGUGAAAUUCAUUGCCGGUCCUUUGAGUGACAAUAUCCCGGGGUUUAGUGCCAAAGCGAGAGUUAUUUUGUUCGCUUCGGUCUCCCAAUUUUGUAUGGCCGGAUGUUUCCUUGGCCUAGCGCUGAUGCCAGUUGAGUUGUCCGUCCUGGCGCAGCUAUGUUACACUGCGGCGAUCAUUUUCAGUGGAUUGAAUUGCGUUGGAGUCAUCAAAAGUACUCAACUUGUAAGUGGCUGGGAUAAAAAGACUUGUUUUUUUGUAAUAAGGCAAGUUUCAUAUUAAUUUAGGUUUCUGGAAGGUUUGUUCAUUUCCUGAUGGCGAUAAAUGGCUUCAGUAACAGUGCAAUCGUACUGGCAUUGCCUGGAAUUGUCACACUGUUUGCUCCGACCAACAGUAAAGAAGAGGUAAUAUAUUUUUUUUAAAUGAUAAAUAUAGUAUAAUUGUUUGAUCAAGUCUAAAGUAAUAUCAUCAUUUUUUAGUGGUCUCGCCUCUUCAUUUUUGUAUGUGUUUUGGUCGUCAUUGUUACAGUAAUCUUUGAUCUAACUGCCGAAGUCACUCCUCGAGCUUGGGCUGGCGGUGAUACAAGAAGAAAAAAGAAUGUUGUGGCCCCAUAUCAGGACGGAGAAAAGAGAUUUGAGAUCGAAGCCGAAGCUUUGGGAGACACGGAAGCCGUGGAGAGAGUGUUGAGGAGGAAACGAGAGAGUGUCCAGAGCCAGACAUUCAGUCAGACUGGCCGGAGGUUGUCCAUUUUGUCACUGCCUCGAGGGUACAAAGCCAUUUAA